AACCGGUGGGGUGGGGAGAGGAGGUAGAAGAAGAAGCCGAGCCCGGCCUUAAGAGACUUUUUCCCUUUGCAAAAAAAAAAAAAAAAAGCGCUUGGCUCUCGGCAUUCACUAGUGGGAGCUGCAGAGGGCACGGAAACCGAAUCCAGCAGCGCUCCUUUCUCUCUUUCUUUCUUUCUCUCUCUCUCUUUCUGUCUCUCUGCACCGGAGUCCGGGAGCAGCUGCGAGAGCCGGGCGGGCGGAGAGGAAGAGAAGCCAGAAGCGGCGCAGAGAAAGAGGUGCCGAGUCGAGCUCAAAAGGGCCGGGAGAGGAGGGGGAAAAAAACACCACCACACACGAUCGCUCUUGCCGCGAUCUCCCCUCUUCUGCUUGGACACCGGAGGGGGAAAAACCAAAACAAAACAAAACCCGGCGGCUCGGCUCUGCCGGGAAACUUCAUCAGCGUUUCGGACUUGCAAGUUCAAAGGGCUGCUCAUGCUUAAGGAGAACAGUCUUCUAGCAACACAGUGGAAACUGGGUAAAGGAAAGAUUCUGAAGGCUCCGCUGGCACAACGCAUCUGAACUGCGGAGAGGCGGGAGCAGUGCGAGAGCUCUCUGCGAACUAAGCAAGGAGGGGGGAAAGAAGAGAACUACAAGCUGCUGCCGCUGUUGCUUCUGCUGCAAUGAACUGGCUGGAUGAACCGAAUUGGCAACUUCAUAUUUCCUUCCUUGUGCUGCUCUCCAUUCACACGAAGGCAAACUUUCUAGACAGCAGGCCCUUGAGGAAUUCUGGGAAAGGAAACAUCGAUGCUAGGAAAGAAGAUGGGGGAAGCACAGCAGCUGCUCCUACCCAGAAGAAGCUGUGGUGUCACUGUCAUCAUUACUGUCCUGAAAAUUCAAAAAACAAUACUUGCAGCACGGAUGGCUAUUGUUUUGCAAUGGUGGAAGAUGAAGAUACGGGAGGACAGAGUUUUACUACAGGUUGCAUCGGUUUAGAAGGUUCUGACUUUCAAUGCCGAGACACUCCAUUGUCUCAACCGAGGAGAUUAAUUGCAUGCUGCACAGAUCAAGAUUUCUGUAAUAAAGAUCUUCACCCUACUCUUCCACCCUUACAACAACCAGCUUUUUCAAAGGGAAGUGUUCAUCAGAAGGCUCUGCUAAUUUCAGUGAUCGUCUUUAGCAUACUCUUGGUGGGCAUUAUCAUAUUCUUUUACUUCAGGUAUAAAAGGCUAGAAAGGAGACGGCGGCCUCCUCAUUACAAUAUUGGACUUGAACAAGAUGAGACUUAUAUUCCACCAGGAGAAUCCUUGAAAGACCUCAUUGAGCAGUCACAGAGCUCAGGAAGUGGUUCAGGGCUCCCUCUAUUGGUACAAAGGACCAUCGCGAAACAGAUUCAGAUGGUGAAGCAAAUUGGCAAAGGUCGCUAUGGGGAAGUUUGGAUGGGAAAGUGGAGAGGAGAAAAAGUGGCUGUGAAAGUUUUCUUCACCACCGAGGAAGCCAGCUGGUUUCGAGAGACAGAAAUCUAUCAGACCGUCCUGAUGAGGCAUGAAAAUAUUUUGGGAUUCAUUGCUGCAGAUAUUAAAGGUACUGGAUCUUGGACACAACUUUAUCUGAUCACCGAUUAUCAUGAAAAUGGAUCUCUGUAUGAUUAUCUAAAAUCUACUACCUUGGAUACAAAAGCGAUGCUGAAACUGGCCUAUUCCUCUAUCAGUGGGUUGUGCCACUUGCAUACCGAGAUCUUCAGCACACAAGGAAAACCAGCAAUUGCUCACCGGGACCUCAAAAGUAAAAACAUUCUGGUGAAGAAAAAUGGAACUUGCUGCGUAGCAGAUCUUGGUCUGGCGGUUAAAUUCAUUAGUGAUACAAAUGAAGUGGAUAUCCCACCAAAUACCAGAGUAGGAACCAAACGUUACAUGCCUCCAGAAGUGCUGGAUGAAAGUUUGAAUCGAAACCACUUUCAGUCAUAUAUUAUGGCUGACAUGUACAGCUUUGGGCUCAUCCUUUGGGAAAUAGCAAGGAGAUGUGUUUCUGGAGGUAUUUUUGAGGAAUACCAGCUUCCUUAUCAUGACCUUGUUUCCAGUGAUCCUUCAUAUGAAGACAUGAGGGAAAUAGUAUGCAUCAAGAGAUUACGACCUUCAUUUCCCAAUAGGUGGAGCAGCGAUGAGUGCCUACGACAAAUGAGAAAAUUAAUGAAUGAAUGCUGGGCUCACAACCCUGCUUCUCGGCUCACGGCCCUGCGAGUAAAGAAAACACUUGCCAAAAUGUCAGAGACACAGGACAUUAAGCUUUGAUUCAGCUAACAAAAGCUAAAGCUCAGAGAAAAAAAUGGACUUUCCUUCUGUGUUUCGAAGAGACAGGAAGAAGAAUGACACAUGCCUUCAGUAAUACGAACCUUGAAUACAGAUUUUGGCAAAGCAUUUUGCACACUGGGGCAGAAACCUUUCCAGGGGAAAGAAAUGUGGCUCAGUCAAGAAUUUUUGGUUUCUGUAUGACCGACCAGACAAGAAGGCCUUUUAGCCUCCUUGGAGAGGAAUGCAAGAAAAUGUAUCAAUAAUUGUUUCUAGACUAUGCGCUGCUUUCUGUGAAAGCCUUUAUUAUUAAUAUUGUUAUUAAUAUUUGAAGUUUUUAAUUUUCAUGGGAAUGAAGCACUGCAGUUGCAAAGUCCAAGGAAAGAAUUAUUUUCUAAUGCUAAAAAAAAUACAAAAUUGCAUCCCAAGUCCUAUUAUUUCCUACUGAUAGGGGGGGGGGGGAAUGUUGCACUCUUAAAAUGACCCAAUUUUAAUUUGUUGUGCAUAAUUUUUAAUAUUUUACCUUCCUGAAACUUGCAGGAGCUUGUCAUCAAAGCAAAUUUCUCUUGGCCAAUUCUAAAUUGUCGUACUUGUCGAAACAUGGGCUCUGGUGAUACCCAUGGGGUGUGUCCUCUGUCCAUGGAAAUAUGGGAGUGAUAUCAGCAUAUUCACUUAAGUUAUUCUGACAGAGGGCUGUGCCUUUGGGGGCUUUCUGACUAUUUUUUUGGCCUUUUUACAAUCGGUAUUUUCAAAGGAAUGUCUUCAAGAACGUUUGUUAAAGGUUGAACUUGUGUAUUCUCACUAGCAUUUCAAUGGUAAAUGAAGCUGUUCCCAAAACUGCAUUAAAAACCUUUUGCCUUAAGGUAAUUGAGUUAAAAUAAACUGUGUUGAUAGAAAUGUUCCUAUAGAAAAAUUAAGGUACUGUUUUUAUAUAUAUAUAUAUGUUUUAUUUGUGCUGAUAAAUAAAUAAAGGGA